GAUGGCGGCAGCGGCGGCGGCGGCGGCGGCUUUGGGGGCGCGGGGCCGCCGGAGGGGGAGGGAACGCCGGAGCCCGUGAGUCGCCCGCAGCCCAGUGGAGGCGGCGGCCGAGACCCCGCGCGCGAAGGUCUCUCGGCCGGGCCGGCCGCCGCCGCAGCGAGCGAGCUAGUGAGCGCCGGGCGGGGAGCCCCGAGGCCGGAGCCGAGAAGGGAGGAAUGUGACCGGGGGUCGGCAGGGGCUCGGGAGUACGCGAGCGCGGGGAUGGGGCAGCAGGUGGGCCGCGUCGGGGAGGCGCCCGGGCUCCAGCAGCCGCAGCCCCGCGGGAGCCGCGGGAGCAGCGCCGCCAGGCCGGCCGGCCGCAGGCGGGACCCGGCGGGGCGCACGGAGGAGGCCGGCUUCAAUAUCUUCACCCAGCAUGAAGCCCUGCACCGUCCUUACGGCUGUGACGUUGAAUCCCAGGCACUGAAUGAAGCCAUCAGGUGGAGCUCCAAGGAGAAUCUGCUUGGAGCCACUGAGAGUGACCCCAAUCUCUUUGUUGCACUUUAUGAUUUUGUAGCAAGUGGUGACAACACACUCAGCAUCACCAAAGGUGAGAAGCUCCGAGUCCUAGGUUACAACCAGAAUGGUGAGUGGAGUGAGGUACGCUCUAAGAAUGGGCAAGGGUGGGUGCCAAGCAACUAUAUCACCCCAGUGAACAGCCUGGAGAAGCAUUCCUGGUACCAUGGGCCAGUGUCUCGAAGUGCAGCAGAAUAUCUGCUUAGCAGUCUUAUCAAUGGCAGCUUCCUUGUUCGGGAAAGUGAGAGCAGCCCAGGGCAAUUAUCCAUCUCGCUUAGGUACGAGGGACGUGUAUACCACUACAGGAUCAACACCACCACAGAUGGAAAGGUGUAUGUGACAGCAGAAAGCCGAUUUAGCACUUUGGCAGAGCUUGUUCAUCAUCACUCUACAGUGGCUGAUGGGCUGGUGACAACCUUGCACUACCCAGCACCAAAGUGCAAUAAGCCUACAGUCUAUGGAGUGUCCCCCAUCCAUGACAAGUGGGAAAUGGAACGAACUGACAUCACCAUGAAGCACAAACUCGGGGGUGGCCAAUAUGGCGAGGUAUAUGUUGGCGUCUGGAAGAAAUACAGUCUUACUGUUGCUGUGAAAACUCUAAAGGAAGAUACCAUGGAGGUGGAGGAAUUCCUAAAAGAAGCUGCUGUGAUGAAAGAAAUCAAGCAUCCUAAUCUAGUACAGCUACUAGGGGUGUGUACCUUGGAGCCACCUUUUUACAUAGUGACUGAAUACAUGCCCUAUGGAAACCUCCUUGACUACCUGCGGGAGUGCAACCGAGAAGAGGUGAGCGCUGUGGUGCUGCUCUACAUGGCCACGCAGAUCUCCUCUGCCAUGGAGUACUUGGAGAAAAAAAACUUCAUCCAUCGAGAUUUAGCAGCUCGUAAUUGCUUAGUAGGAGAGAAUCAUGUGGUCAAGGUUGCUGAUUUUGGCUUAAGUAGAUUAAUGACUGGAGAUACCUAUACUGCUCAUGCUGGAGCGAAAUUCCCUAUCAAAUGGACAGCACCAGAAAGCCUGGCCUACAAUACUUUCUCAAUUAAAUCUGAUGUCUGGGCUUUUGGGGUACUGUUAUGGGAAAUUGCAACCUAUGGGAUGUCACCAUAUCCAGGGAUUGACCUGUCUCAGGUCUAUGAUCUGUUGGAGAAAGGAUAUCGAAUGGAGCAGCCUGAAGGAUGUCCACCAAAAGUCUAUGAACUUAUGAGGGCAUGCUGGAAGUGGAGCCCUUCUGACAGGCCAUCUUUUGCUGAGACACAUCAAGCUUUUGAAACUAUGUUUCAUGACUCCAGCAUUUCUGAAGAGGUAGCUGAGGAGCUUGGGAGAACAGCUUCCUCUUCAUCCAUCGUACCGUACCUGCCGAGAUUACCCUUACUUCCUUCCAAGACCAGGACCCUGAAGAAGCAGGCAGAGAACAAAGAGAACAUAGAUGGGACCCAAGAUUCUGCAGAGCCCUCUGCCUCCAGCUCAGCACCAGGGUUUAUUAGAAGCACACAGCCUCCCAGCGGGUCCCCAGCACUGCCUCGCAAACAGAGAGACAAGUCACCUAGUAGCCUCUUGGAAGAUGCCAAAGAGACAACUUUUACUAGGGACAGAAAGGGAGGCUUCUUCAGCUCCUUCAUGAAGAAGAGAAAUGCUCCAACGCCUCCCAAACGCAGCAGCUCCUUUCGUGAAAUGGAAAAUCAGCCCCACAAGAAAUAUGAGCUCACGGGUAACUUCUCAUCUGUUGCUUCCCUGCAGCACACUGAUGGGUUUUCUUUUACUCCUGCCCAACAAGAGGUGAAUCUGGUUCCCCCCAAGUGCUCUGGGGGGAGCUUUGUCCAGAGGAACUUUUGUAGUGAGGAUGGCGGUGGUGAUGGCGGAGGUGAUGGUGGAGGUGGUGGUGGAGGAGGGGGGAGUGGCAGUACUGGUGGUGGGUGGUCAGGCAUCACUGGUUUCUUUACACCACGCUUAAUCAAAAAGACUUUGGGCUUACGAGCAGGCAAACCCACUGCUGGUGACGAAGCUUCCAAGCCUUUUCCAAGGUCAAACUCUACAUCUUCCAUGUCCUCAGGGCUUCCAGAGCAGGAUAGGAUGUCAAUGACCCUUCCCAGGAACUGCCAGAGGUCCAAAAUCCAACUGGAAAGGACAGUGUCCACCUCUUCUCAGCCAGAGGAUAGCACGGGCAGGUCAAACGACCUGAUUCCCAAAAAGUUAGAGGAAGGCACUGCCCUGACCAGGGACAGACCAAAAGCCAAACUUUUACCCAGAGGCACCACGGCCCUUCCUCUCCGAACCCCUUCAGGGGAUGCAGCUGUUAUAGAUAAGGACUCAGCAGGGUCAGGGGCCACCGCUGUCCCUAAGAGUAAAGAGAAGAACGGUGCAGCCCGGCUUGGGACGGCAGGACUCCCAGAGGACGGAGAAAGGCCAGGGUGGUCGUCUCCAGCCAAGGCUGCAGCAGUCCUUCCCACCACUCACAACCACAAAGUGCCAGUUCUCAUUUCACCCACUCUGAAGCACGCUCCAGCCGACGUCCAGCUCAUCGGCACAGACUCUCAGGGGAAUAAAUUCAAGCUCCUAUCUGAGCAUCAGGUCCCAUCCUCUGCAGAUAAGGACCGACCACGACGGGUAAAGCCAAAGUGUGCUCCACCUCCACCCCCAGUGAUGAGGCUCCUACAGCACCCACCCACAUGUGCAGACCUCACAGAAGAGCAGAACACCCCUGUUGGAGGGCAGCCUGGACCAGAAGGGCAUGAAGGUGGAAAAAAGGCAGCAACAGUGACAGCACCUGUCGGUGCAAAAGCUGGGAGGCCCGUGAUGCCUCCACCUCAAGUGCCUCUGUCCACGUGUUCCACGUCACCUGCAAAAAUGGCCAAUGGCACCGCAGGCACCAAAGUGGCCCUGAGAAAGACCAAGCAGGCUGCUGAAAAGAUCUCAGCGGACAAAAUCAGCAAAGAAGCCCUGCUCGAGUGUGCUGACCUUCUGUCCAGUGCCAUCACGGAGCCCAUGCCCAAUAGCCAACUGGUGGACACAGGGCACCAGCUGCUGGACUAUUGCUCAGGCUAUGUAGACUGCAUCCCACAGACUCGCAACAAGUUUGCCUUCCGGGAGGCCGUGAGCAAACUGGAACUCAGCCUGCAGGAGCUGCAGGUUUCCUCAGCAGCUGCUAGCCUGCCUGGAACCAAUCCAGUCCUUAAUAACUUAUUGUCAUGCGUCCAGGAAAUCAGCGAUGUGGUUCAGAGGUAGCUGCUGCCCACCCGGCCGGAAGAAACACUUGCUGGUGACAGGGAGGGGAAAGGGACUCAUUUUUCCUGUGUUCUUGCUUUCAAAAAAUGAAAGACUGAUACUUGAGUGAGUUCAUGUGAAGUACCUCAGAUCACUGGGUUCUCACGUUUACAGGUUCAUCUCAGAAGUUAAAAACACAUGCAAAGUGCAGGGGAGGGGAAGAAGGUGAGGGGAUGAUAGGCAGGGCUUAGAAGCUGCAGAGGCGGCCUGUCGAGAAUGACCCUCAUUGGAAAAUCAGGUAAUAAAUGUGUGCUGCACCAGAGAGAGAAGUCAGGCCCACUUCUCCUGGUGUGGGGUGGGCUCAGCCAUCCUGGGCAGGGACGGGUCUCAUCUCAGUAAGUGGCCCUCAACACUGGAGUGGUUGUGAGGCUCAUAACUCUCUGCAUUGGACAAAGGGUUGUAGCCUAUACAAGGUGUAGGGGACAGGACCCCAGUCUCUUUGGAUAUGGAGUUGUGAUCAUUCUGGCACUGACCCUCAGGUGACAUUGGUUGUGUCAGAAGAGGGAGGUGCCCUGGGAGUAACGUCAUUCACAGCUAUUGGAGGUGGCUGCUAGUGUUGUUUCCAUGGUGUCAUUGCUGCUGUCUCACAACCUCAAAGCAGUUGGAGAACCUUGGCCCUCUGUGCUCUCCAUUACCCCCCCUCCGUCGUGUUUCUGUUGUUUCAGAGUGAGCUGUGCUGGAUCCCUUUGAUUAGUGGGGAAGUUUUUCUUCGGUUGUCUGAUCCAGGUGCUAGCAGAAUUCACUAACAUUUCAGAGCUGCCACCCUGCUGGUCAGUGUCAGCAAACUGUGGGCAUAAUUUUAGCAGAUGGUGGUUUCCUCCAGGCCCUUGCUGGGCAAGAUGCCCUCUACCUUCUUUAUUAGCAUUCAGAAUAUUAAUUAACACAGUAUCUGGGCGUGUCAGUUGUCAGUCUGCAAGCCUCCUGAGGACUCCUUUUCUCUGCUACAAGUAUCAUCAUAAUGUUCGCUCACUCGCUUUCUCGCUCUCACUCUUCCUCCCUCCCUCUCCUCUUCUCCCCUCUCCCCCUCUCCCCUCUCUCCCUUUCCCCCUCUCUCCCUCUCCUUCUUCCUCUUCCCCUGCCUUCCCCACACACACACACCCCACAAAUAUUUUUUGCUCAGGUAGAUAGGGUACCUGAGAUGCUGUCUGGUUUCUUCAACUUCCUAAUGUACUGUUGGAGAGGGAAUAUGUUCAAGAGUUUGACACAUAUUUUCCUGAAAGCUUGCUAUAAUAAUAAUAGCUAAAGUUCAUUUAGUUCUUUGAAGUUUUACAAAGGGCUUUAAACUGUCAGGCCCACACAUGGGGUUUGUUGCUCCUUCUGUAAAGCUCAUGUAGAAGAUAAUUUUGGAAAUCACUGUUGGGUUCUGAUUUUUCCCCCAGCUCUCCACUAGAUUGUCUUUCAUAGGGGACUCAACCAUCACUGCCUCUCAGGGCCAUCAUGCCAGCCUUGCUGAGUGGAGGGUGUCUUCCCAUCCAUGAGCUUUUACUUUCUUGGGACCUUCUAAAGUGAUAAGCCCCUGGGGAUCCAGUCAACAUCACCAGAGCCAGUUCUCACAUGUGCUGCUAUAGCAUCUGCCUCUCAUGUUUGUCCUGCUUGCUGGAACUGUUUGUUUGUAAGAAUCAGAUUGAAAAUGUUUGUCUUACCAUGGCAUUUUACUCCACUCGAGGCAUCCAGAACUUCAGGGAACAGUUCUUUCCAGGAAAAUGUUAUUUAAACCCAGGGAAUUUUGGUUGGAAUUAGAACUUAAAAUUCUGCCCUAGAAAAGAUUACUUUUCCUUUUCUUCUCAGAUCUUAGUAGGGAAGCUAAUUAGGAGUCAACAAAUAUGAGUCAGAAGGGUGAGGUGUUAUAAAUCCUGUAAACAGAAGACCAACACUUUUCUGCCAUGUGCUCCAUCCAAAUCUAUUGGAAUCCCAUUAGGAAUGGAACGCCCAUUUUGCAACCUCUUUCCCUCCAAUGGAACAUCACCUUGGCUUUCUAAGAUUGGAGUCAGAUAUUCAAUACUGAGUUUUCUUUUCAUCACUGAUUAGCUGUCAUAGGUGUGUUUUUUCACCUUUUAAUUGAAGAUAAUACUUAUUUUCCAGGGGACUAUUAAAAUUGUGUAGCUAGUCCAUUGCUUUUUCGGAUGUUUUUUUCUUUCUUUUCAUGCUUCAAUCACAGCUGUUAAUGAACUUUAGAAUUGUACUGAGCCCUGUGAAUAAUGCUAGACCUGUAAGGGGCCACAGUGUUUUGGUUGGAGGUUUUAAGUCUUUGACCAGUGAAAGAAGAGUGAUAGUUUACAUUAGAAGUAAAGCAAACUGGAUUAUUUAGUCACCAUCAGAAUGAGGCAUGCUGUAAAGGAAACAUUAGAGGAAGGAAAAAAAGUGUUUCUUUUUUUUUUUCCAAAUAUUUCUGUGAUGUCUUUCUUCACAGUACCUGCCAGAAUGGUACGUGCUUUAUGUAGCCAACUUAAUUUAACUUUUUCCUCCUUGGGGUCCACACCUAACAUCAGACAUGAUACAGAACAAAGCCUGUGAGAGUUGCAUUGUACCUUCAGGAAAAGAAAGCAAAAAUGUUUGGUUCCUGAAUUAAGCUUUUUUCUAACACUGGAGCCAUUUCAGUUUCUCCUUACUAACUCUGUGGUCAUCCUUGAUCAGUGAUGAUUUGUGGUAAAUAGGGAAAGGUUGACUCUGGUCUGUUACACACUCCAAUACAUCAUACUACUUGCUAUUGCCCUUACCCUAGGACUUUAAAAACAACAAGCUCAUGAUUGUGUUUAGGGGUACUGAAAUGAUACUAGUUAUGAAGGUCUUCCUUUGAUCCCAUUGGUAAACUUUAACCCAGACCAUCAGCUUUUUUUUUUUCCUUAGGAGGAGAAAGCAAGUUAAAGCUCUAGGAAGUGAUUAUGCCACUUUUCAAGUUUUUUCAUGAACAAGGUUGUGACAUUAGGGCAGUGCCAUUGUUCUACUUCUUUAGUAUGAUCUUCUUCCAUGAAAGUGCUGAAAACAACACUUGGAAAAAGGUGCCCUGCUAUCUUUACAAGUCCUGGAUUUUCCACUGAUGGCUAAUCCCUCCAUGAUUAUACACUGCCUAGCCUAGCAAUGACCUUGGCAGCAUGGGCCGGCCUGUCCACCCCCCUGCCAGGGGAACUCUGGGGGACUUCAGCCAUGCAGGUUAGGGCUCCAGUCAGACACUGUCCGUUUGUUCUACAGAUAGAACUUAGAUUUUUUAGUGUUUUUGUUUUUUUCCUAAAGCAAGUAAUUUUUGGAUCCAGAACUAUAGAAGACCAUUCCUGGAGAGCUCUGAGAGCCAGUGACUAAAACGAUCAUUUGAUUUCCUCAUCUAGUCUAAGGAGAAGGCAAGGGGGAAAACACAACUAAUAAAUGGCACUGAAAUUGUUUCUUUAAGGAUCGGUUAUGUUUUGUUUAUAAUUAGUCAUAUAAGCCGCCACUGCUUGAGUUCAUUUAUGUAUGGGCUUACACAUGAUGUGAAUGUUACGGAUAUGAUUCCUGAACUGUAUUUCCCAUCAGAAGCAACAUUGAUCUGUCCACCACAGCUUGCCUCACUUUAUACAAUAGACAUCUUCAUUAAAGGUAAAAUUAAAACUCGUUUACUGCAUUCUAUUUUCCCACUAACUUCCAUUAUAAUUUUCAGAGAUGUGUGCCUAUGGGAAGAAAAAAAACACUUUUCUGGUAUCGGUCCAAACAUCGACUACUCUUUUCUUUUUAUGUGGGCUAUAAUUAGGCUCUUAGGACCAUGGACAGCUUAAGUCUCAUUGGUUUUCCAGAAUAAUCUAUAGCAAUAGCUUCCCCAUUGGCCUAAACACACAUUAAUAGGGUUUGUGCCAAUUGCACCUAUUUACAGUAUAAGUAGCAACUGGAAGUAAUAUUUCUCCCUUAGCAUGCAACCCUGCCCUGAGUCCCUUGAGAUGGGUCUUUUUUUUUUCCUUGAGAUAUAUCUUACUACAAAGCCUAACUACUCUCCCUCCCUUUUCUUUUUUACUGAGGGCUAGAAAGGCUCAGGGUAGAUGAUGGGAGAGGACUUGUCUCAGUGUGUUUUAACCAAAGAGUUUGCUUUUUGUUCCAAGCCUCUGGCUCCAUGGAGCUUAAUAUUAGAGAGUAGAAAAGUAAUAGGAAAGGGAGUCUGGUGUACUAUAUCCCCAGCUUUAGGGGUUGAUUUAAGGAUAGAAUCAAAGGGGGCAGCUAGGUGGCGCAGUAGAUAAAGCACCGGCCCUGGAUUCAGGAGGACUUGAAUUCAAAUCUGUCCUCAGACAGUUGACACUAGCUGUGUGACCUUGGCCAAGUCAUUUAACCCUCAUUUCUCUCCCCCCCCCCCCCCGCCCCAAAUAGAAUCAAAGGAGGCUGUCAAUGGGGAGGGAAGAGGAAGAGAGUGACCGUUUGUGGUAGCCCACCACACUUAAAGUCCCACUUCCCAUGGUUAUUGCCAUUCUAAAUUUUCCUACUUUCAUUUACAUUGUUAUUGGACAUCUCACAUUUUUGUGUGGCAAAAUUUUAUUUAUUUGCUUUCAGGGGCGAAAAAAUGUUUCUCCCAAAUAGGUUGAAAAUUUUUAGUAUGGCAAUCUUAAAUAAUUACUUUAAUGUAUACUUACCGAUUUUGCUUUCAAAAAUUUACUUUUGGGGGUAUAACAUUUAUACUAGUAUGGUAAUCAGACACACACUUAAUCCUAUUCACUCUAAGGAGCAUUCUGCCUUUUGGUAAGGCACAUUCCAUCUGUAUUUAGUUACUCAUAGACUCUUAGAGCUGGAAUAGAUCUUAGAGAUCAUCUCAUCCAAGCCUUCUCUUUUUUCAGAUGUAGAAACUGACACAAAGUAGUUUGAUUACUGUCUCGUGAGUUAGUGGCAUAUCUGAAGCCCAGGCCUCCUGAUUUCUCAUCCAUUGCUUUUCCCCCCACACACACUAGGAUGCCUUACAUAAAAUUUUGCAAUAAUUACUCCCAUUUAUAUCGCGCUUUAGGGUUUUUGAAGCGCUUUUCCUCAUAACUCUGUGAGAUAGGUAGAGCAAGUUAAGAUCCCCCUUUUACAGAUGUGGAAGCUGAAGUUCUGAGAGAUGAAUUAACUUGCCCCUGGUUGCACAGUUAAGUGGCUAAGUCAGGACAUGAACCAAGCUCUCCUGACUCCAAGUUGAGUGCUCUUUCCAUGAUACUAUGCAAGAAAGGUUAUUCAAAUAGAUAGUCCAUGUGGUCUCCAGUAACAUUACAAAACACUGCCAAAGUCCAUUUUAUUGGGAGUUCUCAUUGACUAAAUAGGAUCCAAAUGUCUCAGUAGUCACAUUGGUUAAGUGAUUGCCCUAAAUGUUAAGCAGAAUUCAUUAAUUUUAAAUAUUCAUGUUCAAAAGUCAUGCAAGGAUGCUUCCCCCUUACCUCCUUUCCCACACCCAACAGAGCUCCAGCAUUGUAAGCAAAUAAUAGUUUUCAUGUUGAUAGUAAAGUUGUGCUCUCUUUUGGAGAGAAUCUGGAAAAUGUCCUUAUUUGGAGAAGUUCAGAUUGAAAAUAAUCACUUCCCUAAUUAAUUGAAUAAGUUUGAAAUUGAUCAGUGAAUAUGUGCAGAAUGAGAUUAGUCUUAUCUCCAGCUAUAAGCUUAAGGCUAUCCAGUUUUGGAAAGUUUGGGGCUAAUGUUUCUAUUUGUUACAGCAAUUCAGAAAGCAGCAGUUCAUAUUUUCCUUGCUGAGGAGAGAAACUCUUUUCUGGGCCUUGUCUUGAAGAAAUUAGGUACCAUCGUUCUUGAACUAUCCUAUAUAAAGUGAGAUUGUUUAGUAAUCUGAGUGUGAUAAUAAAUUUGAAACAAAUUGCUGUUGACUGAAUCCCUUUAAGACUGUGUCUUGCAUAAUUUUAGUUUCUGAAAAUGGUCAUUCUCUUUAUUGAGGGGAGGGAAGGGUGACAGGGAGCACCCUUUCCCUGUAUUUCAGAGUCUGGAGUACAAGUCAUCAUUAAACAACCUGUUGAGAAAUGUUCCUUGACAAGUUUCUUCCCAAUGUUCCUUACCAUUUAUAAACUUGCCAUUUACAGUCUGUUUUUAACUACACAGUUCUUUGCCCUUUGAUCCUAAAACACCUAAGAGUGAAUUCUAGUGGCUAUAAUUUUGAGUCAUAAUGCUACAUCCUGAAAUCUGCAGUUAAGAACCUAAAUACUUCUACCUCCCUUCCAUUUUUAUUAACUCGUCAGUGUGCCUGCAAGUAACUAAUUUAUGGAGCUAGCUCAGAAUGAGUUUACAUGGUCAUCUGUUCUUUGGAUUAUUAUUAUGCUUUUGCUGUUUUGUCACCACACAUCCCUUUGUUCCAUUCAUAUUUGGACUUUAUACACCAAGCUUCUGAAUAAGAAUGGCAAAGGGGUCAAAGAUACAGCACCAUGACAAAAGUUGACCUUUCACAUAUCAGAGCAGCUUUCCCCCCUUUUGGAAGUACAGAUAGAUUUAGGUUUCCCUUCAUAAAUGCUGGGUUGGGUUGUUCUUGCUUUUGUUUUUUUACCAGCUGCACAUACUUCCUAACAAUUUCUAUGACUACAUCUGAGCUAGUUACAGACUUUAAUAAACCCUAUGAAAUGACCAGCUGGUUAGAUCAGGAUUCCACUGGAAAUGAGAAGUGGAAAUUUCUAGAAAUGAGAGCCCACAUCCUCUGAGAACCAGCCUGUACUAGCUAGCAUUAGUUCUGCUAGUAAUGUUCCAGCCUAAGUGGGCAGCACCUCACCAGCCAAAAAGGAGGCGGGGUUUAGGCCUGAAACCUUUUCCACUUGGAGUUAUCUGGGACUCCCUUUGUACCAGACUCUGAAGGAGACUUGGGUUUUUUAAUGUGUGGACAUAAAACAAAAGGCAGGGUUUUCAGUUCAAUUCAACAUUUUAAUGAGGCUGCUGGUCCUCUUGUGUUGAAACACAAAUCACCUCAACUUGCUUCCCCUUGGGUAGGAAUACCUAGAGAAUUGUAAUACUUGGCUAAGUCUUAAUUCUAGCCUUUCUCCUCAGAGCCUCCAGCAAGGGUUUCCCUAAUCCGAGGUCGUUUACAAAAUACUAUUAAUGAAUCCUGAGGUGGAGAUUUGCUGGGACAGUGGUCAUAAGCUUUGAUGCUUCCUGGGCUAUAUAACACUCAGACUCACGUGCCAAUAUGACAUUAAUUUCACAACAUAGGUUAUUCCCAAGGUGUUUUUCUUGGGUGCCAGUGAAAGAUGGUUAAUAAAGGUCCCAACCUGUAAUGAUAAGGUGUGAGGGAGAAUGGAUCUUAUGCUCCUCCAAAGGAGACGAAGGCUACAAGAAGUUAUGUAAGUAACACGGAUAAAAAUUCCAUUAAACUAAGUCCGUGAGAAUGGACAUUGUGUUGUAUUAGAUCUCGUAGGAAAAAUGCUGCCAGCUUGCUUUCUGCACUAUUGUUGAGCCUGUGCGACAGAGCUCUUCGCAUUACAACUGUGUUCUCUCCACACUGAUUUGUUGACUGGGGCAGAGGAGUAUAUUACAGCUCAUCCCUUCCCUCGCCAGUGCACUGAUGUCUUUGCACCUGUGUUCACUUGUAUAUUUGAAAUUGUUAAAAGCCUCUCCUGUAAGAUGCAUGUGCUUAAAGAAGGACCACUCCCACGCUUAGAAAGUCCAUGAUAAGAUCCCAUUUCAUUAGACCAAAAGGGACAGACACAUGACGAGUGAUCUUCAGAAUCCGUAAGAGCACAAUCCUCUCUUGAGUCCAGAAGCCUGUUGGAGUGUUUUCUUGGACACCCCUGGUUUUGGAGCCAAGUGAUAAAUCUGUUUAUCCCUCUCUAGGAAAGCCUCCUUUAGCUUUCAUUAAUGCACACUCCAAGUUGUUUCAUUCCAAAUGCGAUCCUAUAAAAGUCAGUGUAAGAAAUGAAAGCUGUGCUGAGUUCACCGACUUUUCAGUCGUUCUUUAAGGAAGAGCAAAAGAGGUAAGCUUCUAAGAGCUGUCUGACUUUUUAAAAAGAGUGAGGUACUGUUCUGUAAAUUCUAGAAAUCUGCUCAAUUCUCCUUUCUACUUGAUCCUUCCGUGUGAUAUACAGACCAUGUAAAUACAUACAGUAAACUCUGGUAUCUGGUAUGAUUGGGGUAUUCUGGUCAUAGUGUCUAUAUUUCUAAUACAUUAUUAGAAUUUUCAGAAGCAUCCAAAUCAAACAGAUAGCAGACUACACUGAAAAUCAUUUAAUUCUGGAUGAUUCAGAAGGCACUUCAGGUACUUGCCCUUGAAUCAUAGAUAACAGUGCCUCAAGGUCAUCAUUAUAAACACUACUUAUCACUGUACUGUAGGUGCACCUAAGUAGCAGGUAAUACAUUUCUGGUUAAUAGAAUGCUAGAUAAACAAGGUUUUUUUACAAUGUCCUGUUGGGUCAUCACAGUCUAUUGGUCAGUACUCAAAAAAAAAAAAAAAAGCUAAUAGGCUGUCCAGGUUACCUUGAAGAAUACGGAUUUUUCAAUAGCUGGAACGAGGCAUGGGAAGCAUACAUAUUGAUUUUAAAUGAUGGUUUUAUUUUUAAAGAAGCAUCUCCUGAGACCUUUGUCUCACAUCUUCCAGGGGCUAGUGUCUGUGUUUGCCAUUGUUGUAAGUGUGAAGGUAGGGAAACAACAUCAUAAGAUUUUACCAUGUCACCCAUAUUGUACAAACAAGGGAACUAAGAGAGAGGAAAGAUCAGAGCUCAGGCCAAUUUCUCAUUUGUGAACACAAUCAGAGCAGAUGCUAUACUUCAGUAUUACCACCCUAGCGUUUGCCAAGAGCAAUCCAUGGUCAGAAACCUCCUGUCUCCUAUUGUGGAUCCUAUACUUUCCUUCUGAAGCCUGAUGCUUUACCCUUGGUUGACAUUGGAGAAAGCCCUUUCUUAACUGAUGCCCACUUGAUAAAAAUGAAGUAGUGCAUCCCAUGGGGAGUGGGGGUUCUAUAUAAUAAAACACUUGGUUUGGGCUUUUGUUUUUGUUUUUGAGUUUAUAAAAUGAAAUAUUUAUACCAAAGGUCACACUUCCCAGCUGUAUGUGUUGUGCACAAAGAGCAAUGAUUCAGAUAAUUUCAGCACAGUUUGUAUUGCUAGUGAAUACAAUGGGGAAAACAUUGGAUUAAUCUGAAAACACGUUAAUCACAGAUUACACUACCAGUGUUGUCAAUUGUUUGUUUUUUAAUUGUUAUUGUAAUAUAUUUUGUUUUCCUAAUUUAAUUUUCUCACUCUGUUGUCUGACUGUGAACUGCUAACAGUGUUAAACUUGAUGUAAAUAAAUGAGACCCUUGGAGUGGGUCUUUUCUGCCUGUUGUUCCACAAGAUUUUGCCAAUUUGCAUUUUGUUUGAAAUAAAGGUGGCAAUAUUUUAUUGGCA